CCCAACCCGAAAAAUAUUGACCAUCAUGAGAUGGCACUGUUCGCUUCUUUAUCUUCCCCGGGAAUCCAAAGUGUUUCUCCGAACGCUUAUAAUAAUCGAUAAGACCAAACUCCGCACGGAAUAAUUUCUCCCGUUGGAGGAGGUGAUCACGAUGAAGAUUACUGUCAUGACUGCGGACGAGCAAUUCAUCACUCUCGACGUCGACCAAGAUGAGUCAGUUGAGAAUGUGAAGGCACUUCUUGAGGUGGAGACCAGUGUCACUCUCCAUCAGCAGCAGCUCUAUUUCAAUGGAAAGGAGAUUCGUAACUCGGAUCGCUUAGGUUCUGUUGGUGUUAGAGAAGGAGAUCUUAUUAUGAUGCUUUUGCCGAAUGCCGGGCCAUCUUCCAAUGAACUCAGAAUAAAUCCAGAUGGUUCUGCUUCAGAUCCUGCUUCAUUCCAGCGACGCAUUCAGCGUGACUCCGAGUUGAUGGGCCAAUUACUGCAGAAUGAUCCAGAACUUGCUCAAGCUAUACAAGGAAGUGACCUUGAUAAUCUGCAAAGAAUAUUAAGAGAGCGUCAUCAGCAAAAAUUGCUGCUACGGAAUAAACAAGAAGAAGAGCUUGCUCUGAUGUAUGCUGAUCCUUUUGAUGUUGAGUCACAAAGAAAAAUUGAGGCAGCUAUACGUCAGAGAGGCAUUGAUGAGAAUAUGGAGGCUGCAUUAGAGCAUAAUCCUGAAGCAUUUGCUCGUGUUGUUAUGCUAUAUGUGGAUAUGGAAGUCAAUGGUGUACCUUUAAAGGCAUUUGUUGAUAGUGGGGCACAGUCUACAAUAAUAUCCAAAGGCUGUGCUGAGCGUUGUGGGUUGUUAAGACUCUUGGAUCAGCGGUACAGGGGAGUUGCGGUUGGGGUUGGCCAAUCAGAAAUUCUUGGCCGCAUACAUGUUGCUCCAAUCAAGAUUGGUCAUUUGUUUUUCCCGUGUUCAUUCACUGUGUUGGAUGCUCCCAACAUGGAGUUUCUGUUUGGUCUUGACAUGCUAAGAAAGCAUCAGUGUAUAAUUGAUCUGAAGGAGAAUGUCUUAAGACUGGGUGGUGGAGAGGUUUCUGUGCCAUUCCUACAAGAGAAAGAUAUCCCUUCACAUAUUCUUGAUGAAGAAAGACUGAAACAGGCUUCUCUUGGGAUGGGAAUUAAUCCAGGAACAUCCGAGGUUCGAGAAAACACUGCUGGUGUAUCUACAAGAACCGGAAGUUCUGGCACACCACAAACUAGUCGUGCUCUGGUAAAUUCUCCACCUAUUAUAUUCUGGUUUAGCUUAGAUUUUAAUCAAUUUUGCAUAAUGAUUUUCUUUGAAUCUAGUUAUGAUUAUUUUCUUGACUGUUCAUCAUGGAUGGAACAUGUAUUUAACUAUUUCAAUGCAAAUUCAUGCAUGGAUCAUCCUUUUCAUAUCUUGCUUAGCUUUAUUUUUUCAGGGGAUCCUACCCGAACUUUGUAUUAAAUCAGUCCGACUUAC